ACUGUGCGUCACUUUCAUACUAGUUUUCAACUUCUCCUAUAGCCUUUAACCAUUCUUACUUAUAAAAAAAAGUUAAGUACUGAAACCCAUGUUACCUCCAAAGUUUCUCAUAAGCUUUCAUCUUUUUUCUUUUCUGCCUGCUACUUUCAAUCCCAACUCCCAAGCUCAAUUCCCCAUAAAUCAUGAAUUUCUCCAAGUGGGUAUCUUUGAUUUUCAUUCUUAACUUGUUUUGUCCAACACUCAGUUUCUCAGAUUCUUCUUCUUCUUCUUCUUCUUCUUCUUCAAGCUCAAAUGGGCUCACAGAAAUCCCCAAAAGGUUUCUCCAGUUUGCCAAGAGACCAGAACUGUUUGAUUGGAUGGUGAGAAUCAGAAGGAAAAUACAUGAGAAUCCAGAACUGGGUUAUGAGGAAUUUGAGACUAGUAAGCUUAUCAGAACUGAAUUGGAUAAGAUGGGUAUUACUUACAAGUACCCAGUUGCUGUAACUGGUGUUAUUGGCUUCAUUGGGACUGGUGGACCACCUUUUGUCGCCAUAAGGGCUGACAUGGAUGCUCUUCCUAUGCAGGAAAUGGUGGAGUGGGAGCACAAGAGUAAAAUUCCUGGGAAGAUGCAUGCUUGCGGACAUGAUGCUCAUGUUGCAAUGCUUCUUGGAGCUGCAAAGAUACUUCAAGAGCACCGUGAAGAGAUAAAGGGAACAAUUUUACUUGUUUUCCAACCAGCUGAGGAAGGUGGUGGAGGGGCUUUGAAGUUGAUAGAUGAGGGGGUGUUAGAGAAUGUAAAUGCUAUCUUUGGUUUGCACGUUUCAGCUAACUUAGCAGUGGGUGAAGUGCACUCCAAAGCUGGUCCCAUAGGGGCUGGGAACGGUUUCUUUGAAGCUGUCAUAAGUGGUAAAGGAGGUCAUGCGGCCAUUCCUCAGCACUCUGUAGACCCAAUAUUGGCAGCCUCUAAUGUGAUUGUUAGCUUACAACAUCUUGUUUCACGUGAAGCUGAUCCUCUGGACCCACAGGUAGUUACGGUUGCGAAAUUCCAAGGAGGUGGUGCAUUCAAUGUUAUUCCAGAUUCUGUAACAAUUGGUGGCACUUUUCGUGCAUUUUCUAAGGAAAGUUUUAUGCAACUCCGAUAUCGCAUUGAGGAGGUUAUCAGAGGGCAGGCCGCCGUGCAGAGGUGCAAUGCAACAGUGGAUUUUUUCACAGAAGCGAAACUAUUCUACCCUCCGACCAUAAACCACAAAGGCUUGCAUGAGCACUUCCUAAAUGUUGCUGGGGAUAUGAUUGGCAUUCAUAAAGUGAAGGAUGUUAAACCGUUGAUGGGAUCUGAAGAUUUUGCAUUUUACCAAGAGGUCAUACCUGGAUACUUCUUCUUAAUUGGAAUGCAGAAUGUGACACGUGGACGGCUAGAAUCAGAGCAUUCACCACACUACCAAGUCAACGAAGAUGCAUUUCCUUAUGGUGCUGCACUACAUGCAUCAUUGGCUGCUAGGUAUCUGCUCGAAUAUCAACCAGAAGUUUCUUUUUCAGAAAGAAAAUUUCACGAUGAGUUGUAAAUGUUUCUUGACUGUAUUGUUACCUGUUCAAAUAUCAUGCCAGCUUUGGCAUGGCCAAAUUUUCAUUAGGCAUCAGGUUUAGAUUCAAACCUACUUUGGCUGUAGAUGACUUGUUGGAAAUUGAAAUCAUCUAUGUCAUUACUCUUAGGUUCAUUUUUGUUA